UAGCAUUGCAAGAGUAGCGAUGACUUACCUUCAGCGGAAGUGGAAAAUGUGGAAGCAAAGAGAGUAAAUUGUUGUUUGUUUAUAGUGAAGCGUUUAAUGGUUCGAUUGCGUCAUGGCUCUGGUUCCGUAUGUUGAAAAUGUGGUACCUGCCCUUUCCAAACUUCAGAAUUCAUCGGCGCGUUUUCAUUUUGCCAGCCAUGAUAUCGUCAUAGCUCAGGAUUGGAGGACGCUUGGAGUGGCAGCGGUUGUGUGGGACGCGGCUGUUGUCUUGUGUAUGUACUUGGAGCUGGGCCAUGUCGAUCUCAAGGGGAAGGUGUCCAUUGAGCUGGGGGCGGGCACUGGAUUGGUGGGCGUCGUUGCAGCCUUGCUGGGUGCCAAAGUGACCAUCACUGACAGGAGGUGUGCUCUGGAAUUCCUUUCUAACAAUGUCAAAUACAACCUGCCCUCUGACCUCUGGGAAUCUGUGGCGGUGUCUGAGCUGUCUUGGGGCGAGGGCCUUGAUCGCUUCCCAGCUGGAGGCUUCGAUCUAGUCUUGGGAGCAGACAUCGUUUACCUGGAGGACACAUUUGUGCCACUGAUACAGACACUUCAGCACCUGUGUGCGGAUGCCACCGUGGUGCUACUGGCAUGCAGGAUACGCUAUGAACGAGAUACCAAGUUUUUGACAAUGUUGAGGGAGCAGUUUACUGUCGAGGAGGUUUACUAUGACAAAAAUAGGGACAUCCAUAUUUACAAAGCUGGGAAACAACUGCCCAGGAGUGAUUUGUGAUUUCUUUCUGAAGACACCCCAUUUAAAUAAAUGUAUUGUUUGGAAAUCCAAGCUUCUCAGAAACACUUUUACUAACAGCGGCCAAAAUGUAACAGCUCUAACAAUGUAUUUUACAAGCUGGUGUGGACAUUAAGAAAAUAAACGAAAAGCCACGUGAAA